CUCGGAGGAGACGACGGAUUUUAGCGUUUUUCUUUUUUUUUUCUUCCCCCAAGCCGCACCUCUGGAGCCGCGCAGCCGCGCCGCCGCCGCCGCCGCCGUGCGCGUGUGGCUGCUCCGCGAAGGUGCCGGCGGUGUUCGCGCCCACCCAACUUGGCGACGUCGGGGUUUUUUUCGACGUGAGAUCUCGCGGAUUUUUUUUCCCCCCCUUAGUAAUUCCUUCCUCGAGGCGGACGGUCGGAGAGGCGUUAAGGAGGCUGCGGCGCGCGUCUUAAGCGUCGCGCAAGCGUCGGGAGGAUGCCGCAGUCGGGGACGUGCGGGCGCCUGCACCUUCCUCUUUCCUUUUUUCUUGAGCGUGCGUUUCUUUUCUUUUUUCUAAACACCGGCAUUUGCAAAAUUAAAUAAAUUAAUAAAUAAAUACAAAUUACUAAAAAGAUCACCGCUGCAGGAUGGGCACCGCGCGUUGCGCACCGAUCACCGGUUUGUGCGUAAUGGAGUGACUGGGAGGAAAAAGAUCUUCAAUUUUUAAGUCAAACACAUGACCAACAUCUUGAAAUUGUAAUUUAAAUUUUUUCAAAUAGUUCAAAGCCUGUAAUUUAUUGGAUACAAAAUGAUGAUAGCGUUUAGCUUGACAUCGAUACAACACCGGGAUCCGAAAAGAGCAAGAAAAGUCACGGAUGCGCGAGCCGGACGAGGGAGGUGUGUGUAUCUGUGUGUAAAAUCAGUGAGUGGACCUGCAGUCAGAACAGGGACAGAUAAAGGACAGAAAAACGGCUUUGCUUGAGAGACCUGAGAGUGAGAAAGACAUCAACAUGCAUUGUAUUGUAUUGCAUUGCAGAAGGACUGGUCAUCAUUUUUAAGUACUUUUUAAGGUCUUUUAAUUUUUUUUUUUAAUCUUCAGAUGCUGCAUGAAAUAUUUACACCUUCCUAAUAGAAGAUAAGAGCAAGACUGAUGAAUAAAUAAUUUAACUGCACUCACUUAUUUUAAUUGCUGAUGAUACUAGAAUAGGAGACCAGUAGGAAUCAGUGAACUCCACCAACUAGGCCUUCUACAGAUCAACUACCUAAAAUUACCUCUCCCCUUCACACACUCGCGACUGUCGGAAAGUCCUAAUCCUAAAGUAUUUUCGGAAAGAUUUGGUCUAAAAAGGCACCAUGGCGGUAGAGUGAAGAUCCAGCUGGACGUGAUGGAUGUCUUAAAGUGGGACACUCUUUGGAAAGACUGGUUGAUGCCUUGUACCGCCACCUUGUAGACGUUUCUGUCUGAGUUCCACAGACUUACACUCAAAAACCAAGACAGAAGGACUAAGUGAAGAGAAGGUCUGCAAGUCUGACGCCUCCUCUUUCAUUGAGCACGCUCGUGCUCGCAGAAAGAGCUUUGCCACAGUGAGGCAGAGAAGCAUGGAAACUCCGCCCACUGCCCCUCCCCAGCAAUUCCGUCAGUCGAGUUUUCUUAGCCGUCGUCUGAAAAGCUCAAUUAAGCGAGCCAAGAGCCAGCCCAAACUUGAUCGCACCGGAAGCUUCCGCCACAUGAUUCUCCCACGAUUCCGCAGUGCUGACCAGGAAAGAACACGUCUGAUGCAGAGCUUCAAGGAGUCCCAUUCCCACGAGUCGUUGCUGUCACCGAGCAGCGCGGCCGAGGCGCUGGACCUCACGCUGGAUGAGGACGCCAUCAUCAAACCCGUCCAUUCCAGCAUCCUCGGCCAGGAGUACUGCUUUGAGGUAACAACAGCCUCGGGCACAAAGUGUUUUGCCUGCCGAUCGGCUGCUGAGCGGGACAAGUGGAUCGAGAACCUGCAGCGAGCUGUUAAACCCAACAAGGAUAACAGUCGUCGGGUGGACAAUGUUCUCAAAUUGUGGAUUAUCGAGGCGCGGGAUCUUCCGCCCAAAAAGCGCUACUACUGCGAAUUGUGUCUGGACGACAUGCUGUAUGCGCGCACCACCAGCAAACCUCGAACAGACACAGUGUUCUGGGGCGAGCACUUUGAGUUCAACAACCUCCCCGCUAUCCGGAGCCUGCGCCUGCACCUCUACAAGGAGACAGACAAGAAGCGACGCAAGGAGAAAAGCACAUAUCUUGGCUUGGUCAGCAUUCCCAUCUCGAGCAUCACAGGCCGCCAGUUUGUGGAGCAAUGGUACCCCGUCAUCCAGCCCAGCGUCCUUGGAAAAGGUGGUGGUGUGGGCAGUGGAAAGGUCAUUAAUGCCUCAUUGAGGCUCAAAUCGCGCUACCAGACUAUGAGUAUCCUGCCCAUGGAGCUGUAUAAGGAGUUUGCAGAGUACGUGACGAAUAACUACCGCACUCUGUGUGCGGUCCUGGAGCCCCUUUUGAGUGUGAAGAGCAAGGAAGAAGUAGCUUGUGCCCUGGUGCACAUUCUGCAGAGCACCGGCAAGGCCAAGGAUUUUCUGUCAGACAUGGCGUUGAGCGAGGUGGAUCGUUUCAUCGACAGAGAACAUCUGAUCUUCAGGGAGAACACAUUGGCGACCAAAGCCAUAGAGGAGUACCUCAAACUUGUUGGACAUCGCUACCUUAAAGACACAAUUGGUGAGUUUAUUCGUGCACUGUACGAGUCAGAGGAAAACUGUGAGGUGGACCCCAUGCGAACCCCACCUUCAAUGCUCCCAGACCACCAGGCCAACCUACGCAUGUGCUGUGAACUUGCACUUUGCAAGAUCAUCAACUCCCAUUGUGUUUUUCCACGGGAGCUGAAGGAAGUAUUCGCAUCAUGGCGUGUGCGUUGUGCUGAAAGAGGUCGUGAGGAUAUCGCAGACCGACUUAUCAGCUCCUCGCUGUUCCUGCGCUUCCUGUGCCCGGCCAUCAUGUCUCCAUCACUCUUUAACCUGACCCAGGAGUAUCCAUCCGAGCGCACGUCCCGAACCCUCACGCUCAUCGCCAAGGUGGUGCAGAGCCUGGCCAGCUUCUCCAAGUUUAGUGGUAAAGAGGAUCAUAUGAUGUUUAUGAAUGAGUUCCUGGAGAUGGAGUGGGGAUCCAUGCAGCAGUUCCUCUAUGAGAUCAGUAAUGUGGACUGUGGAAGUAAUGCAGGGGCGUUCGAGGGUUACAUCGAUCUUGGCCGAGAGCUCUCAAUCCUGCACAGUCUACUUUGGGAAGUCAUGGCUCAACUGAGCAAGGAUGCUAUUUUGAAGCUAGGGCCCUUGCCACGCUUGCUAAAUGACAUCAGCGUGGCUCUGAGGAACCCACAGCUGCACCGGCAGGCAAGUCACCAACCUCCUGAACGCCACAUCGCACGACCGCCCUACAGCCGCCCAGCCACUAAUGACUUCCAGAGCCUGAUGAUGAGGGAGCAGAACAGUUCUAUAGACAUCUCUCGUCUGCCAUCUCCUACCUCCGGAGGUGGAGCUCUCUCUCACCCGGGCAUGGCUGGCUUUGAAAGAGAUCAUCGUGGCAACAAAGAGGUGUUCUAUGUGGCACGCCCACCCUUAGCUCGCUCAAGCCCCGCCUACUGCACCAGCAGCUCGGACAUCACUGAACCUGACCCGAAGGUGCUGAGUGUGAAUAAGAGUGUAUCUAUGAUGGACCUGCAGGACUCACGAAUCAACAGCAUUUCCAACCUGCACUCUGUUAACGACAUGCUGAACUCGUCACAGGGCUCGAUUGCUGGACUGGGCAGUUUCGGGGGCGCACCUCUGCGGCUUGGGGGCAUGAGGUUCAGCCAUUCGGGUGGCCUGGCCUCGGACUCGCUUUCCCAGCAGCAGCAGCAUGCAGCAGCUGCCAUGCACGUGCCACUCUCUUUCCAGAACCCGCUGUUCCACUUGGCGACAGAUGGGCCUCAGUACCAUGGUCCACCCCAUGCCUCGCACGCCCCACCACUCCUGCUCGCCCCCGAGCCCGAGAACGGGCAUGCGGGCUUCGGCGUGCCAGCUUUUGGCCAUGGUGGGUUCUCUCGCAGUGAGGAUCUCUCAGCGAUGCGCUCGCAGAACAGCCUGGUGCAGCCCAGCAUUGUGCACUCGCACAGCUACAGCGACGACUACACUCGCCACAACCAGGCUGACUACGCCCGCCGACAGCUUUCGCUGCAGGUGCAGGAGAAUCUCCAUCAGCAGGUUUUAAUGGGCAUGGCCCCUCAGACUGCUACUGGCACCGGAACACCUGCCUCAGUCGCGACACCCCCGGCCACCAUGCACCCUGUUCGUCAAACCUCUAUGGCUCCUCCCCCGAUGCAGCGUAUGAAGCCUCAGCCUUCCCACCAGCUGUCCGUCAGCUCAGCUGCUAACUCCACCCCACCCAAGGCCCGACCCCAGAGUGGAAACCUCCUUCAGUCACCUGAGUCAAGUUUUGGAGCAAGGCCACUGCCACGGCAGCAGCUGUCGGUUAAAGACAGCCCUGCCCCUGGUCUCCCUCACCAAUCCAGCACAGCCAGUGACAGCCAGCCACCACAAGGGGGUGCUAAUGAGAAUACAGAAAAUUCUCAGAACGAUACUCCUGCUAAAUCUGCUCAGCAAUCCAACCAACAGCACCUACUGAAACCAACUGCUAACAAGCAGGGCUCUAAGUCUCCAUCCACACUAAACCCUCCGACCCCUGCAUCAGAGCGGACAGUCGCCUGGGUGUCCAACAUGCCACACCUGUCCGCUGACAUCGAGAGUCUGCGUGUGGACAGAGAGGACCUGAAACUGAAGGAGCAUUCUAAGAGCAUGGACGAGUCUCGGCUGGACCGGGUGCGUGAGUACGAAGAGGAAAUCCACUCCCUGAAAGAGCGUCUGAUGAUGUCCCACCGUAAGCUGGAGGAGUACGAACGCAGGCUGCACUCCCAAGAGCAGCAGACCAACAAGAUCUUGCUACAGUACCAGAGCCGGCUGGACGACAGCGAGAGGAGGCUGAGGCAGCAACAGCUGGAGAAAGACUCGCAGAUCAAAGGCAUCAUCAGCAGGCUGAUGGCGGUGGAGGAUGAGUUGAGAGGCAGUGGCGAGUCUGACCUCAAAUCCCGAAUAUUUACAGGAGAGGAUGAUCCAUAUUCCUCUCUGGGUUCGGUUGAGCAAAGCAUGGUUCCAGUAGGUGAGGGGGUUCUUCCACUGAACCCCGUCUCGGCUCUCUCUUCCACAACCAGCUCCCCUUGGAACGGAGCUCUCCCUCCCCUGCCCCCAAACCUGCACAUCAGCCAGAACGGCGAUCUACGUGGCAAUACCGGCUUCCCCGGGGCAGCCAUCACUUCACCAGCUGGGGCCGCAGCCUUCUGGGCCAUGCAGGGAGGGAGGCUGGGCUAGUCAUGUGGCCUUUUGGACAUUGGGAGAGCUUUGUAAUGUGCAAAUACACGCGCCUUGUCGCUAGCGAAAAUUCUCACAUUCCAGCAUUCCAGAAGUCUGUGGAUGAAAAAUCUGCAGCCAUCUGUCCAUUUUUUCCCCUCACUUUUAUCUGUCCAUUAAUUGGAACCUCAGCCUGAAUUGCUAAUGAUAUAUAUACAGUAUAUAUAUAUAAAAAAAUAAAAAAAAUUUAUUUUUUAUUUAGCAAUUUUAGCUGAGAUACAUGUUUUGAAUUUCCUAAGAAGACUAGCUGAGAGGGUUUUUUUUAUACGGGGGUCUGUUUAAUAGAGUGUGAGAACAAGGUUUCGUCAGGGCUCUAGUGUUCUUUUAAGCUGUGCUAGUUUUUCUUUUUUUUUAAUAGAUGUGCGCUUUAAAAAAUAUAGAAAUAUUUAUCCAAUCGUUCGUUUGCUUGAAAGUUACUAGUCAUAGCAAGAAUGAUUCAUUCAGACGCCAGGUCUAAAUGAAGCACACCGAUUUAUUUCCUAUCUCUCCUGGAGAGAUUUUCAAGAGGUGGAGAUUUUCUUAUCAGGAUUAGUAAAGUGUUGAGUUAUGAGUCAUGUCGUUUUUUUUGUGUUUUUUUUCUUCCUUGGUCGAUCUUAAUCAUUCGUGUGUGCUCUUACUUGACUGCCAUCGAUCACUCAUAUCAUUAUCAUUAUCAUGCCCAUGCCAUUUGCGCUAGCUGAUCUGAAUGUGUUUCGCUUCAUACAGUAUGAUUUACUCGUCAUUUAAAAACCUAUAGUGUGAAUGCUGUGUGAAUUGCACAAAUGACACGACAAGCGAUUUUUAAAAAUGCUACCUAAGAUUCCUUGGCAAUGAACCUGUCAAUCAAAGGCUAAGUGGACCUUCAUUGGACACUGAGCCACCUGCUGCCCUCCUGAGCUCACUUUGUCUUUCUCUUCCUUAGCCGAUCUAUGGUGGGCACACCGGAACAUGAUUGGACCUCAGCAGCGCGAAAGGAUAUGUGACUGGACCCCUCACCAGUCCAGGACCCUCUCUUGAUUCUGACUGGUUGAGAGAGGAGAGAGAAAGAGGAAGAGCCUGAGGGGAAAAAAAACAUAAACAAAACAAAAAAACUCGCUCUGACACAUCAAAACCACAAUAAGCACACAAAAUCUUCUACACAAGAGCACAUUGUUUCUAUCUCUCUACUACUUUCUCUCCCUCUCUUUUCCUCCCUGAGCCAAAAUAAUGACAAUCACCUCUUUUUUUUCUGUAGUGGAUUAACAAAUGAGCUACUCGGUGCUGUUUACUCUAAUCCUUAUUCGGCUAUUAUUACUUUAGGCACAAAUCUUUGGUACAAAUUCAAACGACAAACAGAGGGACCUGAUUCAUGUAUCCUGGUUUAUUUUUUCCCUCCUUUUUUUUUUUUUCCUCGUCGCCCAUAUUCCACCUCAGACUUUCUCUCUAUGUCUUUCUCUCUCAGCAGGCGUGUUUGUUCUUCUCAGCAUGAUGGCUGUACGAGGGGGUUGUGUUGAUCUUCGUGUGUAUACAGUAUGCGGUUACGGGUGCGUAUUACCAAACUACCGUAACCCACGAGCCUCACGAGCUCUAAUAAUGACUCUUACGUUUUUUUGUUCUUGUAGUUUUUUUGUUUUUUUGGUGGGGGGGUUUCGUUCGUUUUUCCUAUAAAGAGCCUUUUCAAUCUUUUUAUGGAGGUGUGGUCUUUUCUGAGCCAAUCAGACGUCGCCAUACUGCUCAGAAAGCCCUUCCUGUGCCGCGCGCUGGGGGCGGCGCCUCUUCUCUGUGCCUAAAGAGCUCUAUACAAAACAGGGGAAAUAAAAAAGAAAAAAAAAAAAGACACACUUCAUCGACAGGAGCGCACAGGACACUCUCUUUUUUUCUUUUUUUGGUUCUUUUUUCAACCUGUGGAGUUUGAAAGAGUAUAAUGUUUGAAUAAUAUUGUCUCUGUUCGGACGUUGCUGCUUUAAUGACUUCGAAGGAUCAGCAUCCCUUCAUCUCAUCCGGUCGAUGGGACGGGAAACGACGCAGGCGAAGAUCCAGCGCCGCCGUGUGCCUACGCGUGUCUGAAAAAAAAGCAGAAACCACCCGCACAGGGGCGAGCGACACCCCCAGUGUAGCCCUGCGUCUGCACGUGAACGACGGGACGUAUUCGGCGUAAAAAAAAAACUUAACAAAAAAACGGUGCUUCUGGGCAUCGAUGCAAACGGAUUUGUCUUUUCCUUUGUGAGCGUGUGCAUGCAUGUGCGUGUGAACUAGAGAACCAGGGAAUAGGAACGGGAUCGGAUGGAAAACACCGAAGGACGACCAUGGUUUCAUCAGCUAACGGCAGGGACCCGCCUCAAGAGGAAACUGCAGUAAAGACGAAAAAAAAUUCUAUAUGAUCGAAGUAUUUAUAUAUUUAAAAAAACAAAAAAAAGUCUAGCUUUAGUAUUUAUAACACUAGACCUUAUAGCCCAUCUUUAUUCUAUUAGAACUUUAUUUAAGCACAAAUAUAUCCAUUACCAAUGUACUAUAUAGUGGUAAUGUAUUAUAUACUACUCUCCUAAAGCAUGGAGACACGCACAUACACACACACUUACACACACAAACGACGAUCGUAGAAGGAAGUAGUAGCAUCAUACCUCAUUCGGUCCUACCGUUAUCCUCUUCUUUCCAUUAGGCGCAUCCCAUUUUAUCGAUCCGGCACUUCUGUUCGAUUUUCCUCGCCGUUCGAUCAGUUAUUUUUCGGAGAUCCAUAGCUGAUUUCUUUCGCUCGUGAGCUUCAGUUAGGAUUUGGUGUAAAUAAGAGCUGAGGAUUCAAGACCUGUUCAUUUCUAUGGUUUUAUUCUUUUUUUUUUUUUUUUUUUAAUUAAAAAGUUCCUAUUGUUUUGUUUUUUUCUUUCCUGAUUCUUCCUUGAUGUUUGAUAGAUGAUUACACACAUAUACACCAUUAGUUGGUUUUGCUGGUAGGUUUUUAGUCACUUGCUUUUUUUUAUUUAUUUAUUACGAUUCUUCUUCUUCUUCUUCUUCUUCUUUUUCUGUGGUGGUUGGAAGUAUUGAUAAACGUUUGUCUGCACUUCUGAUAUUAUUUAUUUAAAAAAAAAAAUACGAAAAACAAAAAAAAAUCUAACCGUGCCCCGUGCCUAACUGUUCUGGUUCUGAAACUUUGGUCCGUAAGACAGCUCGGCUCCGUUUCGCCAGCUGUGGCUCAGAACUGCUGAUAAGUGAAAUAUGAAGCAGAACCUUCUAGAUGCUCUAGUCACCUUUUGUGUAUAAAAGUCCUCCUGAGAACGAUUGUGCUGGUGAAACAUUUCUUCCCCCUCCUCCCAUCGUGUAGCGCUAUAUUCGUUUUUUUUGGAGUCAUGAGAUUUUUGUAUCUAAUCUUUCCGAAUGAAACGCCCCGAAGCGGGUCGACUCCUACCCUUAAACUUAGCCAUAGACAUGGACAAGCCAUACACACCCUGUCCUUCUUACGGGCUUUAGGAGCGUAGGAAUGUAUAUAUUUCUAUUAGAAACCACCGAAACACGUACCUGGCGAAAGGAAAGGCUCAGUGUUUAACCGUGUGGGAAACCUCAGCGUAUGGAGAAAUGUUGUGAAUGUUAAUAUUGUUAAGAAGACAAUUAUUCUAUUCGAAAUAUGACUAUAAUUGUAAUUAUCAUUGCUUUCAUUUUCUCGAUGCUAUGAUUCUUGAUUGAUCAGAAAUUUCUUUCAUUUUGUGAAUAUGAGUUUACUAUUAUUCCAGAAAGUUUAAAUAAUUGGACAAAUUAAUAAAUAGAUAUAUGCUAACCUUU